AUGGAUGAUCAUGACACAACGAAUCAGGAAAUUUUAGGCACAGAAACGCUGGUUGAAAGUCAAGAUAUGGAAACAAAUUCCAAAGGUGAAUGUAAUACAAAUUUGAAAAUAGUUGUAUUGUAUAGUUGUAAGUCUAAUGAUAAAUUAGUCUGAAGAUUCUUUAAAUGAAAUUGAAAAGUUUCGAUACUAAUCAUACAUAUACAAUCUAGUGUUCUUCCUAAUCAUAAUAUUAUUCUAAAAGAUUCAAUGUUACGAAUUGCAUUUAUAUUAAAUUGGCUAGUGAUUAUUAAAAUUAGUUUCACAACAACAACAACAACAACAACAACAACAACAACAACAACAACAACAACAACAACAACAACAACAACAACAACAACAACAACAACAACAACAACAACAACAGCAACAACAACUUUGUAACCUAGAAAAUUUAUUUUAUUAAAACAGUUUAUAAUAAAAAUAAUUUAAUAUCGACAAAUUGUAAGAUUAAAGAAAUAACCCUUGGCUUCUUUCCUCUUUCCUUUUCUCUUGCCGUGCCACCCUGCCCACUCAUUACAAGAUCGAUUCAAAAUGUAGAAAAGUUAGGCUAUAAAAAACAAGUGUUGUUUCAUGCCAUAUCAUAGUGAAACAACUCUUAAAAGUGGCACUGCGAUUUUCACUCAAGCUUGGAACGUCAAUUGUUUUGUUGAAAUGUUUGAACGUUUAAACUAAAAAGUUUUAUCGUCACGCGAUGCAUGUUGUCAAGGUCACUUUUAAAUAAUAAGAAAACUAGAAUCUACGAUACUUUUACUACACCUUAUUUGCCAAAAUAAUGAAUUCCUAAAGGUUAAAGUUUCGGCAAUUUGUUCAAUGUUUCGAUAGUACUUUUCAAUUGAAGCAUUUUCAAUUGAAGAAUACACGAUCUCAUCGGUUGUCGUUUUUUUUACCGUUGUAAGAAUGUAGUAAAACUAUUGUAGAUUCAUGUUUUGUUAUAAAGUUACGUAAGUUACAUUCCCUUAGCUUGUCCCUCCAGUCAAUGAUAUAGAAUACUCCCUUCGUGGUGGUCAUUAUAAACUAUUACCUGGUGUAGAACUGACAAAUUUGAAAAUAGUUUUAUAAUUGCUGGACAGAGUAUUUCAAUAAAAUAGACAAUAAGACACUCCGAAAAUUCUAAACAUUAUUAUAUACCUUUCGACUAUAAUUUAAGUCGAUAUAUAAUUUAUUAAAGAGAGUAACUAUAGAAGAUAGUUAUUGUGCAUUCUAUACUUCAUGACAAAUGCCUUCCUUUGCUUUGCUUUUGGUUAAUACAUCAAACUAACCUUAUUUGACCCCUUAAGUAAAUAUAAAUGUAUUUUUUUGUGUUAAAUAUGUAGGGAAUUUGACCAAAAUAUCUUUGAAAUACGAUGAUGAAACACAACAGGAACUCGUUGGCACAAACACUAUCAUUACCGAAUCUCGAGAUAUUGAAAAAGGUAAAGAAAUCUAAUUUCGAUAAUUGUACAUUAACGUAACUAUUUUCCAUAUUAUAGAAUAAAGAUAAUUUAUAAUUACGCUUUCAGUUGAAAGACCUAACGGAUGAAAUUUCACACCAUUUCUUAUACUAUGUAUGAAUGCAUUGUUGAAAAAAUUCAAUCACUUCGAUAACUCGACUUGCGAUUGUAACUGCCACUCGUUCCGACUCGCUACGCGUGGGUACUUGUUACUCUCAUCUGGUUUCCUACCCGUAUUUUGGGCUGGUUACUCGAAACUUGCUCCUCGUUGCGGGUAUAGACUGGGAGCAAUCCCCCUAUUUUCUUUCGUUUUAUUGUUUCCCUUCGUUUUAUUGUUUCCCAGACUAAGACUGAACGCGCGGGAAAUGGCAGAAAGGGGCGGAGACGAAAGGAAAGCGUGUUUGAUUAAGCUCCGCCUACUUUUUUAUGUGUCAAAACAGGGUCAAAAACAUCUCGUGAAAGGCGCCAUCUCGAAUGACUUAUAAUUCGCUUUAGGAUAAAACCAUCAACGUGUAUUUAAAUUCUCAAUUUUCAGUUUGGCAAGUGUGAAUAUUCAUAAUCAGAAUUUGUCUGGCAGGAAAACGUAUAAAACAAGGCAAGGAGUCUUAGGAUCUAUUGAAGGGUCUAUUCUAUAGAGUGCAACUUUCUGCAACAAUAUUUUUUGUGUUCGCCUCUGGGGUGUUACCUCUUGUGGUCUUGUGUAAUAGCUGUGAAUGACUUCGUUCUUCGUUAAUUCAAGUUUAAAGUCAAUUAAAUCAUUUAAACAUUUAUUAAUAAAUAUACAUUUAUGGUUAUGUCUUUUAGUUUUAAGUGUUGUCCAUUUUAGUCGUCGUGAGGCUUCCGUUGCAGAAAAGCGUGAGUGUUUAUCUAAGAUUAGCUUUGCAGCUUUGUUCUCUAAAGUUUGAAUGGAAUGCAUCAGUACCGAAUUAUUCUUAUCACCCCAAAUGCAUGGUAUCAGCAUAAUCAAACAGUGGUAGUAUAUGUAUAAAGAAUUAGCAUAAUCAAACAGUGGCAGUAUAUGUAUAAAGAAUAUAACGUGUAUCCAAGUCCAAGAAAUCUUUGAUGCGUCGAAGAACACCAAGUCUUUGAUUAAUUCUGGAGAUCAUUUUGUCAAUAUGCUCGUGCCAAGAUAAAUCUUCACUAAGAGUAACUCCAAGAUAUUUCAUUGAUUUCUCCUGUGAUACUUUUUCAUUCUGAAUCGUAAUGUUUACAUUGAUAAACGACUGCUUUCUGUUGGGGAAGAUCAUGAACUUGGUUUUCUUGUAGUUUAAAGUCAGGAGAUUGUUAGGAGCUUUUGUAUAGGUUUCUUUUCUUCAAUAGUUUCCUGUUUAAAUCUUUAAUAUAUAGUUCAACAUGCUGUCGUUCGCAUUUACAUGCAUGGGUGCGCGGAAAUACCAGAUUUAUUUCGAGUGUUGAAAAUGAUAUAUGUGAGCGCAGCGAACGAGUGAGAUAUCAUGUUCAACAACACAAGAAAUAAAUCUGGUAUUUCCAAGCAUCCAUGUAUUUUUCUGUUUACUAUAUAAAGGACAGUACUUGAAAAGCGAUAAUUUCUACAGAAAACCGAUAAUUGAAAAGUGAUCAUUUUCACAUGCAUGUGAAAUUAUCAUACAUAAUCUCACAUGUGCGAUUAUCAGUUUUAUCAGUGCUCGAAAUCUCUAUAAAGCACGUCUAUAUACUUUAUAUAAUAAUAUAUAGUAAUUUUGUAAACGGAUUUAAGCAACAAGGGCAGAUUUCGUGCUCGACCAAUUAGCCCAUUUGUUUACAUUUUCGUUCUCAGCUAAUCACAAUGCAGGAAACGAGAAAUUUACACCAAGGCGAGCUAGAAAAUAUUCCCGUCUUCUCGCGCUUCCGUGAGAUUCAAUUUUAGCUUUUUUAAUUUAGAACUAAAAGAUUAUGAUGCAGCACAUUAAAAUCUAAAACAUUGCCGUGGCCAUUUUUAGUGUGAAGUUUCACUUCACACUAUUGUGAUGGCUGGCGAAUUCACACGAAUCAGUCAAACAGUCAGUCAUAGAGUAAACUUUCCGGGGGGUGUAUACGAUUUAUAUUCGUAGUGAUUUAUUGUACUUAGUCAGUACUUUGAUGGUUAUUUAGGCAAUUUCAGUUAACUUAUUUACAUAUUCUGUUAUCCUUUUGCCAAGUUCACAAAAAUUUCGAGGAAUCGCUUUCGUUAUUGUAUUUUUUUGUAAAUUUUAGAACAUUCGCUUCUCAUGUUGUGUAACGGAUCUUUACCCCGGAACACCCGAUUUUUUCUUUAGUAGCGCAAAUGCGCAUGCGCUAUCAAGCCGUAGAUCACGAUGGCGUGACGAUAUGCUAGGAAGGGGCGACAGUGUUGUUUUCAAAUGUAUAAAGAUUUCAGACGUGAAUAUUGAGUAAAUCUUUGAAAAUCUACGCAAUAUAUAAAUUGAUCUUAUGCAUUACGGCGUUCAAUUAAGUGCCGAUAAUAUUUAGACGGUAUAUUCAUUAUACAGAGCUAGGAAGGAGCUAGACCGCCUAGACAGUGCAGUCAAGUGUGUAAACAUUUCAGACGUAAAUAUUGAGUCGAAUAUCUUGAUUCUAGGCAUUCAUUUGAGUGCCGAUAUUAUUUUCACGGUAUUCUCAUUAUACAGAGGUACAGUACGUAGGCAGAAACGAGACAGUGUUGUUUUCAAGUAUAUAAAGAUUUCAGACGUGAAUAUUGAGUAAAUCUUUGAAAAUCUACGCAAUAUAUAAAUUGAUCUUAUCAUGCAGUACGGGCGUUCAAUUAAGUGCCGAUAAUAUUUAGACGGUAUAUUCAUUAUACAGAGGUAGGAAGGAGCUAGACCGCCUAGACAGUGCAGUCUAGUGUGUAAACAUUUCAGACGUAAAUAUUGAGUCGAAUGUGUAUUCAUCAUACAUUCUCAUUGACUGUAUAAGGUGCUACAUCACAGAAUAGAUGGGUAAGAUGGCUAUUGAAAUCUAAAGUGAUAUUUAUAUUCAACACAUGCGAAAAGCUGAAAAUAGACACACGUCACACUGGGAAAAGUCAAAGGUCAAUGAAACUUGUUAUUGUGAAACAUGUCACAAUUAAGUUAAAAUGCGGAAGCGGAUGGAGCGGAUUCACGGAACGGAUAUGCGGAUAAAAUACGGAACGGUUGAGGAUAAAAUGCGUCUUUUAAUGAUGUAACGACGUAGUGCUUAUUAUUCAUAACAUAUCUUAUACAGCUAUUUCAAUUAUAGUUUAUGAGAUAAAUUUAGCAUAGCAGUAGCCUCGUGGAGAUGCUUUCAGCGACAGCUGCAAAUGCAAAUGAAAAUUUAGAAUAUGCAAAAUUUGGUUGUUGGUGACACAAUAAAUAGAUGAAUUGCAUCAGUUUCACAAGGCACGUUUCUGAUGUGUUAGGCUUGUUUCAAACGUCACGCUACUCGUGUGCCGAGCGUAUUAAAAGCAAUAAAUAAUGAGAUGAAAUGCCUUUGGUAAACUGUUUAUUUCGUAGUGUAAGCCAUCAAGCUUUUCUAGGUUGUCGGCGACCCUAUAUAGUUCUUGCAGUUUGAAACUUCACACUAUCCUUGGAUCCCUAGUUAAAUUUCGACGUGUAACGGAAAAUAUCCAUGUUUGAAAUUUUUCCCUAUGUCGCUUAUACAAAUUUGAGUAAUGUGAUUUGACUGCAAUAAAACUAAAAAUUGCUAUAUUAUCUCUGCUUUACGUUUUUGUUGGAAAGCUCUUUUUCGCUCUUGUUGAAAAUCGUUUUGGUCAAUAUAUUAUUUCAUAACCUAGAAGAUAACGCGUUUAGAGAGUCUGAUUUUCUGCAAAAUCGGUCGGACAAUAUAUUUGUGUUGAUUUCCCGUAUGAUAUUACGAGCAUGCGACUAUAUUUUUGUUUAAACCGGACGCUACCAGCGCGUUAUCUUAUAGCUUUUGAAGUAAAACAUUGACCAAAACAAUUUAACAAAAUAAACUUCCAACAAAAAUUUAAAAGCAGAGAAAAUAUAGCAAUUUUUAGUUUCAUUGCUGUCAAAUACGCGACAUAGAGAAAAAUUUCAAACGUGGAUAUUUUCCGUUCUAGAUCGAAAUUUAAAAAUGCCCACGGCAAUGUUUUAGACUUUAAUUUGCUGCAUCAUAAUCUUGUGGUUUUAUAUUAAAAAAAUUAAACUUGAAUCUCACGGAAGCCCGAGAAGACGGCAAUAUUCUCUAGCUCGCCUUGGUGUAAAUUUCUCGUUUCCUGCAUUAUGAUUAGCUGAGAGGAAAAUGUAAACAAAUUCGCUGAUUGGCCGAGCACGAAAUCUGCCCUUGUCGAUUUAAGCCAAUCAGAAUCUAGCGGUUCUAAACGACCGCUACGACUAUGGCUACGACGAACAAAAGUCAUGAUUUCGUAUAGACACUGCUUCUUUGGAAACCAGGAUGAAAGUCAUAGUACAAAUAUUACACAGCAUGUUAUUUUUUCAUUUUAGUUUCGUCCGAGAUGCUACCUUAUGAGAUUUUGGCGAGAGGUGAAGACGGCGUGAACGCGUUUAAAACUGCCGUGGCUGAAGGCACUGCUCGUGCCUCGAGGUUAAAAGUCAUGGUUGUUGGUGAAAAAGGCGCUGGAAAGACAAGUCUGAAGCGGUCACUUUGUGGAGAACCUUUUAUACAUACUCACGAAAAGACUCGUGGAGUUCAAACGGCGUCUACCAAUGAACCUAUUAUACAAAGUACGAAACUGGACGAGUCCUGGAAACACGCUGAUCCUGAUGUUUCCCAUUAUGAUGAACUAAUAGCACGAAAUGUGUGUACGAAAUUAAGAGAAAAACUAAGAAAAGGAAACCUCCCAGGUCUACCAUCCUCCUCAGGGGAAUCUGACCUUAAAAAAAUAUUGGAACGAUUGGCCGUUACAACUUUUCCGGGCUUGCUGACUCCAUCGCGCCCUGUUCCAGGCUCCCAAGAUCACGUAUCACACGUAGUAACUGAAACGUCGGUUACUAUUGACGAUAGUCCGCGCAAAUACCCUGCGACGCUUGUCGCCAAAAAAUUAUCGUGCGCCACGACUCAACUUUCGAGCGUCAAGAAAAUAAUUUGGGAUUUUGCCGGACAUCAACUGUACGAGCCGAUGCAUCAUGUAUUCAUGAACAGUACAAGUCUUUAUUUGGUAGUUUUUAAUUUAUUGAAGAUGUAUAAGGCGCCAGAGAAGAGCAUGUGCGAGAUACACUACUGGCUAAAUUCUAUCGCGAGUCACACUUCAUCCUCAACUCCUGUUAUGCUUGUUGGAACACAUAAAGCUGAGGUUAUUAUUUUUAAGUUAUGCAUUUUUACCAUUGUGUACACUAUAUCUAUAGGGUCUAUAAAAAAGUUGGUCCGACUUUGUCAUGUUAUUGUGCUGCAUUAUAUAUUACGUACAUUUAUCCAGUUACAUUUUCCCAUACAAAUAGAGAUAAAUGACUAUUUAGCGAAAUACGAUCCGAUUUAAAAAUGCCGUUCAAAAUCACAUUUUCCACCGUUGGGAAUUGCAUAUAAAGCUGUUGUAUGAGUAUUGAAAUUCUUCCCUUUGUGGUUCAAAUAUAAGUCCCUUGAAUAAAGGUAUCCGAACGCAUUGGUAAGCAUCAAGUUUUGGUAAAUUUCCACUGGCAAUUUUGCACCUAAACGGAGUUGUUAAAACGUUGUAAGAAACUGAAAUUUGAAGAUUGAAAUUUGAAGACCUAUGGAUAAUUAACGCGCGAUAACCUGUCAAAGUUGCAUGGAUUACCUAUUUUUCAUACACCCUAUAUAAUUAAAUUCUACUCUUCAAUUGAUUUGGAGUAUACCGAUCGACAUAAGUUUUUGGGCGAUUUUAUUCUAGUUUAAACAUGACGUUUUCCUUUGUCCUUUUGUAGAUUGAUUCCGAGUUUCUCGAAAAGGCAAAAGAAUAUUGCGAGAAGAAGUUUGCACAAAUGUUCGGUAAACGGCUUGUGCGGAGUCUAGAUGGCGACAUUUUGUUCGCAGUCGAAAACUCGGACAACCAUGAUGACGAAAGAUCCGGAAUUUCCAAACUUAAAAAAGCAAUUGCGAACGAUGCUUUUGAUCCAAGAAGUUUUUGGUUUGUCAAUCAAGAAUUACCACUCAAAUGGCUCCACUGUGAGGAGGAAAUUAUAGAGCAUCAAAAAAAUCCAGAUUGCAAGAAAUGCUUGAAUAUAAGUGAAGUAAAAUCAUUCCUAGAAAACAAAUGUAAAACAACGUUUGACGACUCCGAAUUUAAUUCAAUGUUAACGUUCUUCCACGACAGUGGACUGAUCCUCCUGCCAGGUAAUAUUUCAUUUUGUUCCUAGUCCUACACCCGCGAGGUAUCUUACAAAAACAUAAUGCUUCUUGGAAAUCCUAAUUAAUUGCCAAAUAAUUAUAUAUUAUUGGUAUAUUAUGUUUCCAAACGGGAGGGUUGCUGCAUCUACUUUUUAUUCAAUUAUGGACAGAUUUCUAAGACCAAUUUACCAAUCGUCAAGGUCCUCAUUGAUGAACCACCACUUGCGUCACCACCUAAUACAUUUUCCUUUCCAACAGCAUUAAUAAAUAUCAUAACGUUCACAUGUAAAAAAACAAAAAAUGACAACAAUCUUCGCAACGUAUGUAAAUUCACGGAGGUAAAUUUGGUCCGUCCUGUUAUCCUAUAUAUUUGCUAUUCCAACCGUCACUGGAACAUCUUCAUCGAUCUCCUUUGACAAACCUCACCUCGUCGUCAACUACACAAUACCAUAAGAUACUAGUGGCUUUUAUAUAAAGUUUCUCCUGUAGUUUUUCUGUUCCUUUUAGGUGUCAUGUAUGAUGUUGAUGACGAAUCCACAGGCAAAGAUCUGGUAAUAUUAUACCCACAAUAUCUGGUAGAUAUAAUGACUUGCAUCCACGAGGUUCCGAACGAUCGUGAUUUUAAACGUCAGUUUUCCAGCGAAUUGCACAAGCUGAAACACGACGGCCGAGUUGCAUGCGAGCUACUUGAGCAAGUUUGGAAAGAUAAGACAGAGCAGGUUGACGUCCUCCUUGAAUUGCUUUCAAAAUUUAACCUUCUUCAUCCUCUUCAUUAUGAGAGCGAAGGAGAAGCAGAGGAAACAGCAGGGCAGACUGUUGUUGUUACUCCAACAAAAGAGUUUAUUAUACCAUGUAUGCUUAAGGAAAAGUCUAAUGAGAGCUUUAGUAAACGCUGGCUCAAGAAGUGCGGGGAAUUGAAGGGUAUGGCAGAAACUGAACAUCAAUUUGUAUUUGAUUUCGGCUGCUUCCUCCCUCCACCAUUGUUCGACUACUUUUUGGUUCAUGUGUAUCGUCACAGUUGUAAAACCAACGGAAUGAUUCCUAUCUUGCAAAGGCGUGGUGGAAUAUUCUCCUUCUCCAACAAAUUCCUGUUCUGCACCAGGCUGGUUUUAAAAGAUUGCCAGAUUUGGGUCCGCGCCAG